AUGAGGAUAAUUCUUGGAGCCUUCAGGUGCACAAGAAUCAAAAACAUGAGGGAGGAGCUGAAACUCCCAACCAUAUGUGAAAGAAUUGAGCAGCUCAAUACUACCUUCUGUGUAAGGGUUAAGAGAGCUCCAACGUCACCCUUACUACUUAGAGAAAAACUGACUAGUGCUGUCUGUAGGCGGGAGAGUGUUGCCAACGUACCAGCGGGCAACCUAUAUGCAAGCUGGUUGAGUAUAAGUGUUGCCAAUCUCAUUAAACUAAUCACAUCUGAACCUGACAAUAAAACACCACCCGGCAAGCCUACACCACCCGGCAAGCCUACACCACCAGGCAAGCCUACACCACCAGGCAAGCCUACACCACCCGGCAAGCCUACACCACCAGGCAAGCCUACACCACCCGGCAAGCCUACACCACCCGGCAAGCCUACACCACCCGGCAAGCCUACACCACCAGGCAAGCCUACACCACCCGGCAAGCCUACACCACCCGGCAAGCCUACACCACCCGGCAAGCCUACACCACCAGGCAAGCCUACACCACCCGGCAAGCCUACACCACCCGGCAAGCCUACACCACCCGGCAAGCCUACACCACCCGGCAAGCCUACACCACCAGGCAAGCCUACACCACCCGGCAAGCCUACACCACCCGGCAAGCCUACACCACCAGGCAAGCCUACACCACCCGGCAAGCCUACACCACCAGGCAAGCCUACACCACCCGGCAAGCCUACACCACCCGGCAAGCCUACACCACCCGGCAAGCCUACACCACCAGGCAAGCCUACACCACCCGGCAAGCCUACACCACCAGGCAAGCCUACACCACCAGGCAAGCCUACACCACCCGGCAAGCCUACACCACCCGGCAAGCCUACACCACCCGGCAAGCCUACACCACCAGGCAAGCCUGGUAGUGUAGGCUUGCCUUGUGGUGUUUUAUUGUCAGGUUCAGAUGUGACUAAGCAUCUGCUUUGCUUUUUUAUAACAAAAGUUACAUUCUUAUUUUAA